AUGCAAUUUGCUGGGGAAGAAUUAGAGAACCUGCGCACUUCCCUCGCUGUCUGGCUGUCCAGCUCUGACUGCUCGCUCGGUGUUGAACUGAAGGCUGUUAUCCUGCUGUGGCUGUCUGUUGCUGUCACCGUCGAGGCCUCCGUCGAUAUUGUCACUGGUCUUCUUGUUGACAUUACCUCCUUCCUGACUGAGGAAGUCAUUUCUCUUCUCAGCGUCAACCUCCGUGGUGCCCUCGGCCUCCUUGCCGCCGGCGAGAGUAUAACCCUGCUCUCCUGGGAUACUCGUGCUGAGCUUGCUGCUUUCCUCGGUGGCUGCACUAGCAUCGACAUCAGCGUUGUCGUUGAGAUUGUUAUUAUUGAGUGGUUCACCGGCUGCACAAUCCCCAGCUCCGGCUCUGGCUUUGGCUCCUCCCCAUCUGGUUCAGCCUCCGUCCCCAACCUGCCUUCUUCCACUGUCUCCAUCCUCCCAAGCGUCUCCGCCGGGGCUGGCUCUAUUCCCUCCGGCCCUGCUCCCACUGGACCUGCCUCCACUGUCCCCGCUGGUUCGGGCUCCAUUCCUUCUGGAUCCUUUUCUUCUGGCUCGGCUCCCUCUACCCCUGCUGGCUCCGGCUCAGUUACUUCCGGCUAUGGUGCUAUCAUUACAAGCUCUGGCUAUAUCCCUUCCGGCUCGGGUGCUAUCCCCAUCGGCCCCGCCGCUACUGAGACUGCUGUGAGCACUCCCUGUGCUGGUGAUGCUGGCGCUACCGAGACCGUCAGCUACAGCACUGCCUACACUGAGACCAUCGUCAGUGGUGGUGGUACCUCUAGUUACACUGAGACUAUGUACUCUACCUACACCGGGACCGCCCCUGCCCCCACCGCUGCUCCCACCGGUGUUUCCCCCGAGGCCACCACCAUCUAUGUCACCAAGACUGUCUGCGGAUGCGAGUAA